AUGGCCGACGAGGACGGAGCGACGGUCAAGAUCCUCGUGAGCACGGACAACCACCUCGGGUACUGCGAGAAUGACGGCGUCCGCGGCAAAGACUCGUUCCGCGCCUUCGAAGAGAUGCUGGCCAUCGGCGUCAAGGCCAAGGUCGACUUUGUGCUCCUCGCCGGCGACCUCUUCCACCACAACAAGCCAAGCCGCGCGACCAUGUACCGUACCAUGUCGCUCCUGCGCCACUACUGCCUCGGCGACGGCAACAUCAACUUUCAGAUCCUCUCGGACCAGAGCUUGAAUUUUCCUAACUUUGGCGUCGCCAACUACGAGGACCCGAACGUCAACGUCCGCCUUCCGAUCUUUAGCAUCCACGGCAACCACGACGACCCAACGGGCGAGGCCGGACGGUCGCUCGCGGCCCUCGACCUGCUCUCUGCGGCCAACCUCGUCAACUACUUUGGCAAGUCAGAUCGCGUCGACGAGAUCGAAGUGUUUCCGAUUCUGCUCGAGAAGAGCGCGACCAAGAUCGCGAUCUACGGCCUCGGCAACAUGCGCGACGAGCGCCUCCAUCGCAUGUUCGCCAAGGGCCAAAACCGCGACAACCGCGGCCGCGGCGCCAAGAACUGCCUUCCCGAGAGCUUCAUUCCCGAGUUCAUCGACUUUGUCAUUUGGGGCCACGAGCACGAGUGCCUCAUCGAGCUCGAAGAGAGUGCGAAGGGCAACUUUUUCAUCACGCAGCCCGGGUCCAGCGUCGCGACCUCGCUCAUCGAAGGUGAGGCCAAGCCCAAGCAGGUGGGCAUCCUUGAAAUCCGAGGCAGCGACUUUCGCCUCCGCGCCGAGCCCCUCAAGACGGUCCGGCCCUUCAAAAUCCGCGACGUCGCCCUGCGCGACAUCGAUGGCCUCGACCCGAACGACCCCAAAGUUGCCGAAAAGAUGCACUCGAUCCUUACGUCGCGGGUGCAAGAGCUGCUCGACGAGGCGCACGCCGAGCUGGCCGCCGCGCACUCGGAUCCGAUGGAGAUUCUAGUUCGGCUGCGCGUCGAGCACACGGGCUUCCCCGUGAUCAACAACCAGCGCUUUGGCGGUCAGUUUGUCGGGCGCGUUGCGAACCCCGGCGACAUUCUCCUCUUCACGCGCAACAAGGGCGAGAAAAAGGACAGAACGAGCAAGGACGAGGGCGAGAAGGCCCGCAAAGGCGGCCUUCUGGCGCCAAUUCGACCGCCGCCGCCCAACGACGCGGUUGUGCGCGUCGAGCAGAUCUUGGCGGCGCAGCUCGACCAGAGCGAGCUCAAGCUCGACAUCUUCCCCGAGGUCAACAUGGCCCACGCGCUCGAAGAGUAUGUGUUCAAGAACGUGCCGUCGGCCUUUACCGAGUUUGUCGACUCGGUCCUGGACGAGACGCAGCAGGCGCUCAAGCAGAGCAAGGGCACGGUCACCAAGGCCGAGAUCCAAGCGCUGGUCGAGAAGAACGUGGAUCGCAUGCGCGCCAGUCUCUCGGUCCCGACGCAGUCGGACGUGACGUCGACCAUGCUCCAACAACUCCUUUCGCAGCCACAUACGACGUCGAUGCCGCCUGAGGACGGCGAUGGCUUGUCGGACGAUGACGACGAGUACGUGGCCUCCCCGCCCCCGAAAAAACGAGCCCCCGCCGUCCGUCGCCCGCGCGCGUCCAAGCCGGCAAGCGAUGAUGACAGCGACGUGGCCUCUCCGCCCGCCAAGAAAGCCAAGGCACCGGCCGCCCGCAAGCCUCGAGGCGCCUCGGCACGCGUGACGAGUCAGCCUGACAAUGACGACGACGACGAUGACGCGGUGCUGUCACCACCACCCAAGAACACGAAAACACCUGCUGCUCGAAAGACGCGCGCGCCCGCCGCCGCGCGCAAGGCGCCGCUCAAGGGCCAGUCGACAUUGUCCGAGUGGACGACGAGCCAGUCCAAGCCGGCGCCCGAGGCGAUUGCGUUGGACGACAGCGAUGACGACGAUGCCGUUCAGACGACGACGCAGGCGACGCAGCUGCCGUCGCAGCGCCGCAAACUUCCGCUGUCUUUUGGCUCGUUCACGCAGGAUGACGUGCCAGCAUCCGCCCCUCGAAGUGGCGUCACGAAAGGCUGGGGCGCCGUGCGCAAGUAGUCGAUACAAUAAAUGACAACCCUGCAUUACAA